AUGGUCCUGCGCGCGCGUUCCGGCCUCGAGGCCUUCAACGAAUUGAGAUCCGCACUCUUUGCCACCGUCUCGCAGAGUAGCUGUCGAGCGCUAGCACGACGAAGCUUCCAGCAUUUGCAUAGCCUCGAUGCGAGCUAUCUCUUGUCCAGCAAACCUGGUGCUUUGAAUGUUGUAGUGAACCGGGCCACCAAAUCAUUGACGCAGGUGCUGAACAUGCUGUUGUUCAAUGUCAUGCCGAUUGCUGUGGAAUGUGCUAUGGCGCUUGGGGUGAUGGCCACGUUGGCGGGACCAGGGUGUGCACUUGCAGCUUUCAAUACCCUGCUUGCCUAUGUGGCCUUCACUACAUGGUUCUCCAACCACAGGCGUGAGAUCAUGAAGAGGGCCAAUCGCGCCGAAGAGGAUGCCAGCGCCGUCUUCUACGAUUCUCUUGCGAACUGCGAGAUCGUAAAAUACUUCCAGGGCGAGGCACACGAGAUCCGGAGAUACGACACCGCUUUGGCUCGCUACGAAGCGGAGCAGGUGUCAGUCCUGCAUUCAUUGGCAAAGUUGAAUUUCGGUCAGUCUGUCAUCGUGGUGAGCAGCUUCACUUCGAUCCUGGCACUCACCUCACUCCGAGUCUUGAGCGGACAGCUCCCGGCUGGGAGCCACAAGGUGGAGAGCUGUUGCUUUUGA